AUGACAAGCUUGUGGAGCCGCAAUCUACGAGAUGAGGACGACUGUGGGUUUGACCUCGACUACUAUAUCACAGCUACACCUGCCAAUCCUUGGCAUCAGGUGCCACCACCCGUCGCCGCUUCAUUCUGGCCGGUCGCAGCCGCUUUGUCUGUCCCCGACAUUGCGCCGCGAGCUCGUCGCAACCACCUCCUGACCGGAUCGGCUUCAACUUCCGCACGGCAGCGGACCGUCGUACCGUCGCAACAAACCCAAGAUGUCGUUCGUUUUUCGCAGCUGCCAACUGAUUCGGCUGCCAUGUCGGUUCCGUCGACGGCUUCGCAUCGAUCUCCGUUGAAAAACCUGUCACCCUUUCAAAUGGUCGUCACGGCCGUGUCACCUCCGAGUCGUAAUUCUUACGCCGAUCGAACCGAUGCCACUCAGCGGCCGUACCGGUAUGCGACGGCAAGGACCGGCGAUGGGCAUCUCAAGCCCAAACCUUCACUGCACUCCGAAAGUUCAGCCAGGAUAGACCCAAUAUGGUCUCAAGCACAUUUAUCGAAAACCAGCGCGGUCCUCCGAGUCGAAGAUCGCUCUCAGGACCCCGUUCGUACGACCUGGUCGUCGCUGUCAACAUUCUCGCAGAGUAUGCCCAUGUCUCUGACCCCAUCACAACCAGCAACCGCAAAAAUACCUCGUUUCAAUACCCAAAAUACCCAAUCGUCAUCCUCAACCCCGCUCGAACAAGAGGUGGUAGCUCCGACACCCAUCCGACUUACACCACCGACCCAAGUAGUUGUCGAUCAGAACUCGGCGACCGCCGUUCCAUGCGCAACCCCGAAUCGACUAGAGCAGUCAGCUCCUAAUCCGUCAUGGCUCGAAGAAGCGUUGUACGGACCACCCUUUGGAGCAGACAUCACUUCGAGCUCUCAAGCCCCUGUCACGGGCCAAAACAGGGUGACCACUCGCAAAGCGAAAGUUUCACGCUUCAAGCGGAUCGGGAGCGUGUGGGUGAGUUGAGUCGAUUUUUCCUUUGCGGCGGUGACGUCACCCGACAGAUUAGACCACACCCAGGCGAUUAUCACUCAGUUUUACUGACAUCUGAUCUGUAGACCCGUAAAACAACCGCCGCUCCUGCACCGGCGCACACCAUGGUCGCACCCUACCCACACGACGGGGAAUCCAAGCCGUCACCGACGCCCCAAGCGAUUCGAAGACCUUUCAAACAGAGAGGUAAUCGACACACGCCACCGAGAUCCAGUCAGGCAUGAUCCAAGGUGCCAAAUAUAUUCGUAUACGCUCGACUGGAGGGCGACAUUUGCCAAUCGAAAACAUCGUUGCGCCGGCGCUCCCAUUCGGAGGAAUUUUGGGGGCCCCACAUAGUCCCACAUGCUCGAUCGUUGGCAGUCGUUGGCGCGGCCAUCGACUGCCUAGCCUUGGCCUGGGCGAUCCUCGGCUGCUUCGCUCUUCCAUCCAUUCUCUCAUUCCCUUCCGCACCCGAUCGUGAAUCGUUAUCCCCUCCAUCAUGCCAUGACUCGCCUUUGAGACAGUGGAUGCCUUCACCUCAACCGCGUUCGCCGGCAACCCAGCGGCCGUGAUCGUCCUGCCGAAGCAACAGACCCAGGAGAUCGAUGCGACGCAGAUGCAACUCAUUGCACGAGAGUUCAACCUUAGUGAAACUGCAUUCGUCUGUGCAUUGAAUGACGAGGUCGAGGUCAAGGAUGGCGAGGUCGAUUAUUUGAUUCGGUGGUUCACUCCGACGGCAGGCAAGCUUAAAUGACUCUUGACUCAUUCAGCUGCGACUCAAGUACUCAAGACUGAAGGUUUCUCACUCAAGUUGCUGACUCGUUCGCUGAUACUUCUACAUGCUUAUUUUAUGAUCAAACAGAGGUCCCUCUUGUGAGUGAUGGUGCCACAAGUUCACCUCGGCACAAUACGCGGCGUCUUCAAUAGGACCUGACCCUGCCACUUGCUCGCUCCCUCUCUCCACAGUGCGGUCACGCCACGCUUGCUUCUUCGCACUGCCUUUUCACAAAACAUUACUCCGGUGCGUGACAAAUCAACUUCAAGACGCUCCAUUCCGGAAUCCUGACGAUCCAGCGCCGAGCCGCCGAUCGCAUCGAGCUCGACUUCCCCGCGGACGUCAGCAGUCAUUCUCGAACGAUCCCCAAAGAUUCGGAGCGAUGGUCCCCGAUCAUCAAAGCGCUUGGCAAGGCUUUAAUAGUGGGAGUUGAGCCUCAUGUAGUUGCUAUGUCUGAUUCUGUUACCGGUCCUUUGAUCGAAUUUUCGGUCGAUGGCAUCAACCUCGAGACAGCCAAGUGGAAACCCCAGGCUUUUGUGAGUCAAAGUUUCGAUAGCCGGAUGGGAUCGGACGAUUCGUAUACCCUGCAAAAGCUGAUGGUAAGAUUGACCUGAGAAUAUCCAGACGGCAGAGGUGUCUACAUUCCUAGUCAUCGUCACACAACCGGCGUUGAAAGGAGAGCAACAGGAUGUCUCGUCUCGAGUUUUCCGGCCUUUGCUCGGUGUGCCCGAAGAUCCGGUGGUGCGUACUCCGAGUCCUCCUAGUCCUUCACUGUGAGGGAUAACCUUCUUGCAGAUACAUGAGAUCGCCUAUUGCCAUCCCGAUCGGGACAUCACAGACCGGCUUUGCUCACACUGUCCUCGGUCCCUACUGGGGCAAACCGAACGCUGCGCCUCAUGCUCGCCUCCUCGCUGCCAAAGGACUGACAACAUGGUCCAAGGAUUCGCUGGAGUGCAAACAAGUGAGCGAAAGAGGUGGGACGUUGGUUGUGAGGUGGAAGGAGGCAAAAGCGGAUCGCAUCGCUUUGGAAGGGUCGGCCAAGACGGUAAUGAGGGGAACGUUAGAGUAUUGA